AUGGCGGCCGCUUGGCCGCUGAACAUUGGUGCCAGCACGGGCACCGUGCCGGCAAAAUCCUUUGCCGCAGUGGUGGGGAACCCAUGCAGCGCGUUGACGGGCCCAGACCUAGGUGGGCUGGGUGCAUACCGCGGCGAGCCGGCGCUGCUCCUGUCCAGAAGCGAACUGUCGUUGCUGGCGGAGCCUUUCAAGAACGCACUGGUGGGGCGUUUUGCCCUGCGCCGCCCAUCCAUGGAGGUGAUUAGGAAGUUCUUUGUGACCCUUGGUCUGAAGGGGGAGUGCUCGGUGGGAUUACUGGAUGCGAACCACGUGCUGAUUCAACCUUCAACAGAGGAGGACUACACACGGCUCUUUGUGCGGCGGACCUGGUUCAUUCACAACGCUCCAAUGACUGUUUCUAAAUGGACGCUAGAUUUCAAGUCCAACAAGGACUCCUCCAUAGCACCUGUAUGGGUCUGCUUCCCGGGCCUUCUCUUACCACUCUUCACUAUGAAGUACCUGAUGAAACUGGGGUCGCUGUUGGGUCGCCCCUUGCAAGCAGAUUCCGCGACUUCCUCCUUCAAGCGGCCGUCGGUGGCUCGGGUUCUGGUUGAAGUAGAUUUGGCGAUGGAACCUGUCAAGCGUAUAUGGAUAGGAGACGACACCUAUGGGCACUGGCAGCAGGUCGACUACGAGAGCUGGCCUGCAUUCUGUUCCUUUUGCCAGCGCGCCGGCCACGCGGAAGCGGAAUGCUUUAGGAAGAACCCUGCGCUCAAACCAGCGAAGGGUGCCGGAACUCAUGGGCUGAAACCCACUGCUACGAGCAACAAGGAGGGUACGACAGUAGCUAUCGAGGAGACAAACGGCAGUGAGGAGUCGGACAAGAUAACUAUGGGAGAUGCGGUGACUCCCACGGAGAGGCCUGGGGCUCCUACUCUGACUCCGGAGGUGCAGCGACCUGGGGCAAUGCCUUAG